AUGAGCUCUGGUGGUCGCCAGUCGCGCUGGGACGCCAAGGAAGCGGCGCCAGGCGCAGCACAGGCGACUGCUGCGAGCAAACCGUUAGAUGGGUCGCAGCCGGCCCAGGUUGAGUCUGUGCGCGCGCAGCAGGGGCAGGCUGCGCACCCAGGUUUGGGGAGCCGAAAUGCUCAAGAUGCUGAAGCUGCGCGAGCUGGGACAGUCCAGGGUUCGAGCGCGUACGGGAACUUCAGAUCGAGUGGAUCCCGGGUCAUAGAGCUAGCGGCGUCGGAACACGCGACAGGCGCCGACGCGAGCGCGCAGGAGGCUGGCGCGAGAGAGGACGUCGAGAGCCGCGUGCACGCGCAGAUACUCGCUGCGAAGGAGCGCAUUCGCGCGAUGACGUCCGCGGUCAGCAAGGUCCGGGAGGUCGCGGCCGCGCAGCAAGCCGCGGGGCCGCAGUACGCACUCCCCGUGAGCACCGGGACGGAGCAGCGCGCGGCGCCGGGGAACCCGCCUGAGGGCGAAUUCUGGUUGCCGCGCAACCAACAGAUCGUGGAGAACCUCGACACAUCGAAGUUGGAGCAAGCGUCCCUCGACAAACACAUUCCCGCGGACAACAAAGGGUACAUGAUGCUGCAGAUGAUGGGCUGGCGCCCCGGCCGCGGUCUUGGCCGCGGCGGGUGCGGCAGGACCGAGCCCGUGCCGCUGGAGACCGAGGCGUAUCGCCGCGGCCUCGGAAAGGCGACGAUCGACUCAAAAUACACGGCGGCGGAACACGUCUCGCGCGUGCUGCUGGAGAGCGAGCUCCAGGAGAACGAGACGGAGGAGCGGCGGGCGCAGCGGGCCGAGCGCGCGGCCGCGGAGGCCGUGGUGAAGGCCGACGUUGCGGAGGCGAAACAGACCUUCCAUUGCGACGUAUGCAACAAGACGUACGAGCGCGCGAUGGAGUUCGACGAGCACCUGUCGUCGUACGCGCACCACCACAAGAAGCGCGACAAGGAGGUGCGCGCGCCCGCGGCGCUCGGCGAAUGA